AUGUCCGACCUAUCUUUGCAAGGUCAAGAAUUGAAGAAAGUCCCCUACCACGACCACCCUCCACAAUACGACUCAUACCAACCAGAUCUACUCACCUCGGUUAUUGAAAACGAGUAUAAUGUGAAGAUACUAAUCCAACGGCUAGGGAAGCUAUACAAGGAGUUUACUUUCUUCGCAGAUAAUAUUCCCGACCAACCUAGUCACCCUCAGACUGCGGAGCUUUCCCUAGGGAUGGCUCGACUAUUUACAGAGGGGACAGCGAUAGGUACAGAGUUGGCAAAUCUUUACAAGGAACGCACUGAGCAAAACACCGAACUCUACAUUGCCAUAUCAAGGCUCACUCAGGGUGAGUUUGAUCGAGCCUAUGCUUCCUUGAGGCGGGAUCCCAAUCGGCAGAUGCGAGACAAGCUGGCUCAGGACCAAAAUGACCCUAGCGACUUCAUUGAUAGAGAGAAUAAAUACAAUUCUCAACGCUCUCGGAAAAACAAGCAAGUAGAGGGAGCUGGAAAUUGCACAGUUGAUGACCGGUUCUUCGAGCUCUCGGCAAAGGGGGAUAAGCCAAAUGACAAACUUGGCCAAAGCCUUGGAUCCCAUGAUACGGUCAAUGUUUCAAGUAUGACUAAUGAUGCGCCUGCGCAACCACCCACGAGCUUUUGGAGGAGAAUUUUGAAUGGCUUAGCUCGGUCUGGUAAAGUGAAAUGA